GACCUCAAAUCCUUGUGGCAAACUGCAAACCAGCAACGCUGCCAUACACUUCUCCGGGCUGAUAAGGCUGGAACAGCGCUCGAAGCGUACCGAUACAUGAUGGACAUGAGUGAUGAACCCACGAAGGCCAUCUUCCUUGCUUGGAUACCUAGUCUUAAUGGGAGUUGAAGCGCACUCCACGCCGUCAACGAAGAUGCUGCCCUUGCAGCGAGCGGCUACUCGUGUGUUUUGGAGUGCGGGUGAGCUUGAGCAUUCUUCAUCCACACCUUCAUAUCACCUACUUGCAUAUGCAAAAAAUCGCCCUUUGUACUUGUAUCGCAUGCUGGUUCACAUAAGGUUUCAGGAAAUAUAAUGUACUACAAUGC